GUUUCAUUUCAUUCGGAUCAGACAGUUGCUGCCAGCCAUGGAGGUUCGAGUUUCACCGAACCGGUUUAUUUUGCUUCUUUUAGCGAUCCAGGUUGUUCUUGUGGUGAGGGCAAGUCCCAGAGAUGGUAUGGUACGGAAGAAAAGAGAAUGGAUUCUCCCUCCAAAACCUCUGAAAGAAAAUUUCGAUUACACUCUUCAGACAUCUGUUGCCAGAAUUAGAUCUGACCAUCAAUCUGGAUCAAACGUUCGCUACUCAUUAGAAGGCAUCGGUGCAAGCAAGUAUCCUUUUAACGUGUUUGUGGUCGACGCGCUCACCGGAAAUGUUCAUGUGACCAAGGAACUGGACAGGGAGGAGAUUGAUACGUACAUUCUAACAGGUAUUGCUACAUUCAAAGAUGGCACUGAAGCAGAGAAAAAAAUUGACAUCCGAAUCAAAGUUGAAGAUGAGAACGACAACCCUCCAGUGUUUGGAAACAUUGAACCUGUUAAAGUGAACGAAAACAGUCCUCAAGGAGCUAUAGUUACGAAAGUCAAAGCAACUGAUGCUGAUGAACCAGGCAACAUCAAUUCAAAGAUUGCCUACUACCUGAUAGAUCAGCAGCCACCACUGGGUGUUUUUGCCAUUCAAAAGGAUGGAACCCUCUACAUCCAGAAGCCUUUGUUGGAUAGAGAAGAACAAGACCAGUACAUUCUGACAUUAAUGGGUAAAGACUUGUAUGGCGAGGAAGGUGGACACAGUGGAACAGGGACUGUUACCAUCAGUGUCCAGGAUUUGAAUGACAAUCCGCCAAAAUUGGAGAAAGACGAGUAUGAAGGAAGCAUUGAGGAAAAUGAGUCUGGUGUGGAAGUGAUGAGGCUCAAAGUAGAAGACCUGGACCUGGAAGGAACAGACAACUGGGAAGCUGUGUUUGAUAUUGUCCAAGGAAAUGAGGCUGGAUAUUUCAGCAUAAAAACUGACCCCAAAACCAAUGAAGGCAUCCUGAUGCUGGAAAAGCCUGUGGAUUAUGAAGAUGUGAAGAACCUUGAACUGGGCCUGGUAGUGCACAACAAGGCCCCACCUUUUAAUGGAUCUGAGCCAAAUUCUGUAAUUGGGAUUGGAUUCGGAGGGGGAGCAGGUGGCGGUGCUGGCGGUGGUGCUGGCGGUGGUGCUGGCGGCGGUGCUGGCGGCGGUGCUGGUGGCGGUGCUGGCGGCGGUGCUGGCGGUGGUGCUGGCGGUGGUGCCGGCGGUGGUGCCGGCGGUGGUGCUGGCGGUGGUGCUGGUGGUGGUGCCGGCGGUGGUGCUGGUGGUGGUGCCGGUGGUGCUACUGGAGCAUCUGGUGCCAGUGGAGGUGGAGGAUUUAAAACCUACCCCAUUAAAAUUAAUGUGAAGAACAAGCCAGAGGGACCACGUUUUAGCCCAGAGGUUAAAGCUAUCCCAAUUACUGAAGGAAGCCACAACAUUAAAGAAACUAUUGCCGUGUACCCUGCCAUUGAUAUGGAUACUGGAAAACCAGCUGAGAAUGUCCGGUAUGCCAAAGGCUCAGACCCUGACAACUGGUUUACCAUUGACCCAAAAACAGCUGAAAUCAAACUGAACAAAAUGCCAGACAGGGAGUCUCCAGUCCUUGUCAACGGGACAUACAUUGCUAAAGUACUCUGCAUUACAGAAGACAUGCCAUCUAAAACGGCUACUGGCACCAUCGCCAUCCAAGUGGAAGAUUUUAAUGACCACUGUCCCACGCUAACCAGUAAUGUACAGACGAUGUGCACAAUGAAGAACACAGUGAUUGUUGAUGCUAAAGAUGAGGAUGCAUUCCCUAAUGGGCCUCCUUUUGAAUUUGAUAUUGUCCCUGAGGGCACAGACGGAAAAUGGCAAGUGGAACACCUCAAUGAGACUUCAGCCAUUUUGAGGGCUCAAAAAUCCAUGUGGCCUGGUUUUUACAAGUUGCAGCUUUUGGUGACAGACCAGCAGGGACUAGCCUGUCCAGAGCCGCAGAAAGUGACAGUCCAAGUUUGUGACUGUGAGGAUGGAGUUCACUGUGGAAAACGAGGGGCCAAUGGUCAGACUACGAAAAAGGCUGACCUAGGACCUGCAGGCAUUGGACUGCUCCUUCUGGGCCUCUUGCUCCUUCUACUUGCUCCCUUGUUAUUGCUCUUCUGCCCUUGUGGGGCUACUUCCACAUUUCCAGACAUCUUUUCUGAAAUGCCUUUUGACACUAAGUCCCACCUCAUCAGCUACAACACUGAACGCCUGGGAGACAACACAGACGUACCACAGCUGCAUGUACCAGCACAAGAGGCUAUGGGAUUACAUCAGAAUCAAGUAGAGGUAGCACCUGGUUUACUGCAGUCAGUCCACUCCCUGUAUAGGAUGAACGAGAUGGAUGAGAUGGAUGGGAUGAAUUGGAUAAAUGGAAGUACGUUUCAAGAUCCUUCCUCCAGUGUCUACAGAGAUGGGAUGUGGGGGAUGAACCAGUGGGAUGGCAAUGGCUACUCAGAGACUGAAAGCAGAGAAUCACAAAGAGGUGGUGGGAUUUUUGAUGGCAUAGGUCUGUCGGACAACUUCUUACGACAGUACUACAACAAGAUGACCAGUGGGGAUGAUAAGCUUAAUGUAAAGGAUGGUCUGCUGGUCUAUGACUUUGAGGGCCAGGACUCCCCAGUUGGUUCCAUUGGCUGCUGCAGCCUACUAGAAUCUAAAGAUGACCUGCAUUUCCUGGACAAUCUUGGACCCAAGUUCAAAACUCUUGCUGAAGUAUGUGGAGGCACCAAGAUCCAAACUGAGACAAAACAAGUGGUCUCUCCUCUGCCUAAUGUUUCUGCGACUAAGAUUCAAGCAUCAGAAUCAUAUUUGGUAGCUACUCCACCGAUGUCCUCGCCACCCAAACUUCCUUUACCUGAAAAAACAAAUCAUAUUGUCAUGAAUGAAACCACUAAGCAAUCUGAGACGAUGAAGGAAAGCACGACCACGGUGAAGGAAGAGAUGGCCUCAGUGAAACAAGGGAUGGGAAAUCAAAACCAGAUGCUUUUUGUUCAGCAGCAGCAGCAACCUGUCUACUACACCACUGCACCUAUGAUGCAGCCAGUGCACUAUGUUGUUCAGCCGGCAUUUCAGAAUGCCAUGGUACUGGCUGAGGCACCAGCCACCAACCUUCAAAACAUGAUUCUGGUUACCAACUCUGACACUGGAUCUUCUCAUGGUGUUCUAGUUCAGGGUCAGACAAUGAUGUCCAGUCCACAAGCCCAGGGCCUCAGCCCAGUGCUGAAGAGCAGUGGAAUCUAUGGAAGCUACAACAACCUGAUCCACUCUGGAAACCUUUCUGGGUCCCAAACCAUGAUGGUUGUCGAUGGCAAGGUUCCAGCAGGGUCAAUGAAAAUAAUCAAUGGGAGCCAGGCUGGCCUCAUUCAGGGAGGUGCAAUAUCAAGAGGAGAACUAUCAGGAUCCCAGAGUUACCUGAUAGUUGGAGAGCCAACAAAUGGUAGAAGGCAGCAGGUUCAAGAGGCAAAAGGUGUCCUACAGAAGAAUGAGGUGUCUGCAUCACAAAAAACCCACAACAGAAAAGGAAACAAAUCCACCGGCUCUCAUAACAGUGCCUCUUCCACGGCAGUAAAUACAACAUCCACCAUUCGUAACACUGUGGUGCAGAAUACCAAAGAAGUUCACUGAGACGCACUACGGAACCAGUGGUCGACUUUUAUUAAAAACCAGGAGGCUUGUAGCUCUGAUCUGUUCCUGCUGGUGAUGGGAAUCCUACCCAUCUCAAGUAAUUCAAGAUGACUGUUGUAGAUAUAAGGCUAUGGAGACGUGCAAAAGUCUGGUCAGAAUUUUUACUGCAGCUAACUUUGUGUAAAAUAAACAGUUAGUGUUCAGACAAGAUUAUUGUAUUCCAAAACCAAAAGACUCGGCUAAAGUGGUUUAAACACUGUUUUGUGGCCAAAGGCAUACUGCUAACUGCUAAGACAGAUGAAGCUUGAUACUCAAAGUUUAAUUCAGGCUUGUUUUAUUUUUGUAAAAUAUUUUUUUUUCAGGUGAGUUACAGUAAAAGUACUAAAGCAACAUGUCAAGAGUUAAUUUUGUUAAAGCACAUUUAGUUUAUUCAAGUAAUGCUCAAGCAACAAUAAAGCUUUUGGCAGUGGACUGUA